CGAACAGCCGGAAAACCAGCAAAGAUGGCAACGAGGGCUUCUAGAAGCCUUUUACAGGCCAACCGCCGGCUUUGCAGCUUUGCUUGGCCGGGACGACGGAAUGCCACCACCGUGUCGGCAUUCCGAUCGACGGGGCGGAUGAUCGGCCCGUCCGACUCGGCAUGGACUGGAAGUCGAUCUCUUCGGCCGCGGCUGAACCCGAUUCGAUAUGCCCAUAGUCAAAAUACAGACUCAGCCCAGAGAGCGUGGUGGAAAGAUUCAAACGUCAACACUAGGGAAACCAGACCCCAAACGCCCAGUCUUCCGCACUGGGAGAACCAGGAGAUGCCCGCUCUGGACUUGCCGAUCCCAACGCACGUUGUCUCAAAUUUCAUGGGCUUUGCGUGCUGGGGCGACCUCCCCAAUGGGAAGAAAACCUCGCUGCCGCUGAUGCAGCAGGAGGAAGGGAUGCUCUGGAUGCUGCCGCCGGCCGAGUGGGCGCCAGCGCCCUUCAAUACAGGCGCCGAGGCAGUGGGCGCUAGGAUCUUCCUGCGUACUACGAACCACGAGGGCAUGGAGCGGGUGUCGUUGGUCGGGAAGAAUAUCCACGCGUUCAAGACAUAUCUCAUGGAGGGACUUGUUCCUCUCUCAGAGGCCCAGUGGAGGGCCAAGGAUCUCAACAAUCCCGACCGGCUCGAGACUGCCAUCGAGUACAUCACGGGGGUCAGUGCCGUCUUUGAGUACCUCAGCAUCCCGCAGGUCGAAGCCAACCUACGCGAGUCCUUCAACUUGGUCUACGAUGACCUGGAGGAGCUAGGAGGCGCGCUUAACGCGCGCCGCCGCAUCCAUCAUCCACACCGGCCAGACCUCGACCUCCCCGCACUCUGGGUGGAAUUCAUGGCCGCGCGGUACGAGGUCAUGACGAGCACCGCGCAGGCCUGGAUGAUUUCCAAGGUCUCGCAACUCAAGGAACAGCUGCUCGACCGCUUCUGUGCCGUCGCGCAGUUACCGCCCGACCAGGUCACCGCGGAGGAGCGGGGACGACUCGAACAGCUGUGGCAGCUUCUCACGGACAUUACGGCCCUGGCCGAUGUUGGCGCCUGGAUUUUUAUGGAUACGUACAAGGGGUAUAGAGCAACCCCGGGCGCGGGCAUUGUGCCUGGGCUACACAAUCCUGAUAUAGAUGCACUGGCAAAAGCAUACCAGCCGCGCUUAGGGGAGCUGUCUGUCUCGCGACUGAACGAGGUGAUCCGGGCGCAGACGAACGCGGGCACAUUCGACAGUGCAGGUUCCCUCAGGGAACGCGUCUCCGCGAUAACGUACGCGCAGGAUAAACUGCGAUUGGAGAUGCGAGGGCCAUCGCCGACGGAGCCUCUGACACCGCCGUGGAUUGACUUUCUCAUUCGAGACGAGGAGGAAAUGCAGAAGAUGAAGCCGCAGGUGGAGAAGCAUACAUUUGGCUUUGCGAUCUACGGCGCUGCGGGUAAGCUCUCGGACAAUCAGUGGGAAGCCGUGAAACAAAAGGUGGAGGACCAUGUUGCUUCUUGGGGAGAGGGGAUCAAGGGUGCAGACAAAGGGAAGCCACUGCUUAAGCUGUAUUGGCACGACUGCAAGGAGCUUGGUCUCGAUGUCAACGAUGUCGAUUCUCUCAAGAGCCACUUCCGGGCUGCCCGCGCAGCAGACACCUCCCCGCUGGGUAUCGGCAUCGAAGAGACCACUUUCCUAGUCCUUGACUCAUGGAGCGUAGGCUCCUACACGGACGCGACACGCUCCGAGCCAUACCUCAAGGAGAAAACAUACCUGCCGGGCGACUUCCAGCCACACCUCCUCGCCGUUGACGCACACUACGUCGCAGACCCCGAGCCACCCGCGACCGAAAGCGAGGGCCAGUCCAAUAAUACAGACACCGAGACCAGUGAUGCUAAUGAAAACGACGACUUCCCCACCCUGUUCCCCCAACCACCACCCCCGAAAUACACAGGCCACAUGCGCAUCCUCGGAAACCUCGUCUGGAGCGAGCUGUACGCGCUCGUAGCAAGGAACGCCGCGACGCUCGAGGAUCUGUUCCCGCUGGCUUUGGAGCACCCGCAGAAGCUCUACACGGGGCUUACGGUGCCGAGCCAGAUCCGGGCGUGGAGGGAGCACACGAUGCUUAAGAACUCAAUGAUGGAGUCGUUUGCCAAGUACCUCGCGAAGAAGGAUCCCAAGGCGGCUGAGGCGCUUAGGAGGGCAAGGGAGAAGCAUGCUAUAUAGUUCUGACGGGGGUGAGAGAUCGAAAAUGUGCAAGGAUUGGGGUAUUUGUGUUUCUGGGUAGGGUAUGUAUGAUAGUUUAGCCCUACGGGGCAUUGCUUGAUGAGUGCUGGUAUCUAUCAAAUAGAUGAAUCUCAAAACUUAAGAACCCGGAGAAAGACACGGUCGCCGAGAUCCGCCAAAAUGGGAAACCAGCCUUACGAGAACCAUGG